CUUUCAAUAAAUUGGAAGAUUUUGUAGCCACUUUCUCUAUUGAUAAGUCACAACCAAUUGGUACUUUAGGACCAAAUCAUGAAAAAUUAUGGGGUUUCAAACUUCGAGGUAAUAGUAUACUUCGCGGUGACCCAUUAAAUGAACCAAUGAUGUACACUGAGUGGGAUCAAUCAUACGAAACGAAAGGUGUAAGAAUAUAUGUAUUUGAUUCGAAAACUGAUGAAGAUCAUCCAUUUAUAAAUGCAUUUUUUGUAACUAAUGGACUAUUAAAAACACCAACUGAUGUUGGAGAAGAAGAAUCAAAUGGUUUAUGGUCAUGGGUACUUUCUGGGAAAAAGAAUAAAUUACCGAAAGCUAGACUUUAUGGUAAGUGUGUAAAGAAACAAACCAUUAAUGGAGAUUCUACAACAUCCUGUUUAUUGGAAUCAGUUACUGUUAAAGUCUCGAUGAUAAUGGUUGCCAUUGAGGAACAGAGAAAAGAUAAAUUUGUUGAUGGUGUGAAGUAUUUAAUAGUAGAUGGUGGUCAACAAUUUUUGAGACGAAGAAAAGGCUGUGCCAUUUCUUAG